GACCAAUGACAAGCUCUGUUCAUUAGACUGAUCUAGUCUUUUUACAACCGUUCAGUCAGCAGCAUUAUGUCAAUGAUUGUCAUUAAAAGUGAAAAAACAUUUUGACAAGGCUUGACAUUGUAUUCUGCUGAUGGGAAAUGUGCCUGGAUACAUCAGAAACCACAAUAUUUGAGUGAGGUUGAAUAUUCAACUCUGCGUGUGAAUUCUAAAGCGAUCAUACAGAACUCUCAACACUUCAACCAGCUCAGAAAACAGCACAGUCAGCUUUAUAAUUUCCAUGUCUGUAUUUUUGCCUGAUAAACUACCUGCCACAUAGCUGAAGAGAUGAUACUGUUUUUAUUUUUUGUCAUGCCUGGCCUGGGUUUUAUUUCUGGGACACAAACUGAAAUGGGAAAUGUUACACUGCAAAAUUACCAAACAGUAAUACAUAUUGAUAUCUCACUGAACUCUGGACACCGCAUUACUAUUGAGGACGGAGUAAAUAAAUUACAGUGUAAUUACAGUUCAUUAACAAUCCCAUGUUAUGCUGAGUGCUCCCAUAACAACUUUGUAAACAAAAACUUGACCGACCCACAACAAAGUCAAAUAUUUGUGACGGAUAACUAUAAGAACUACACUACAAUAAGAUUCACCAUACCAGACACUACAACCAAUUGUACUGUGGUUAAAUGUUGGCCGGAAGAAAUAAGUAACCUCCUGAAAACGAAAGAAAGUCAAAUGGUUUUCCCGAAAGACGUGAAAAACAUUAACAAUGUUAAAAACAUGUGUGGAGCUGUGAUCUUAAACGAAACUGUGACGGACACCUACAUUAGUGCUGAGAAGAAAGCCAUCGAUGAAUUGAUAAAUAAUACAAAUUCUAACCAAACCACAACAUACGUUACUAAGGAUUUUUCUCUGACUGUGGUUUCCAUGAAUACAAGCACGCCAGACGAUUUCAUACUAAUUCCUGUUCCAGAUGUAUUACAUUAUAAGGAUGUUGCGCUGACAUGGAUCCCAGUGGACCCGUUCCUAAAUCAAAGCCAGAGCAAAAUUGGUGUAGUCACCUACGAUUCCUACGAGCAUUUUAAGGUUAAACUUGUAAAUAAAAGUAUUACCUCCACAGUUAUAAGGAUUGAAGCCCCUGGAGUGGACCUUUCAAAUUUGAAACAUCUACUUAAAAUAAGGUUCAGAUAUAAUGACACGGUUUACAGACCUAACACCACCCUGUCCUGUGAGUUCUACGAUGAACAAGGCAACAAAACAUGGAAACCCGAUGGUUGUUCUACAAAUAGGAUUAGUAAUGAUGAGGUUGAAUGUUACUGUGACCAUGCAACUCCUUUUGCUUUGCUUCUGGUUGAUUUGAAGAUCUCCAAAAGCCAAUGGGAAAUCUUGUCGUACAUCAGCUAUGUAGGCUGCUGUCUGUCCGCGUUUUUUUCUGCAGUCACGGUCUUUUCGUACAUCUUCAUUAGUAACGCGAGGGCAGAGGUGUCCAGCAGCAUUCACGUGUCUCUGAGUGCUGCUCUGUUUGUCCUCAACUCGAGCUUCAUGUUGAGUGAAUGGGCCGCCACACUGUCCAUGAACGGACUGUGUGUGUUUAUAGCUGUGACUAUACACUACAGCCUGCUGUCUUCCUUUACCUGGAUGGCCAUUGAAGCCAUGCACCUCUACCUUCUUCUCAUCAGAGUCUUCAACAUUUACAUCAAGCACUACAUGAUCAAGCUGUCUGUGAUCGGAUGGGGAGUCCCUGCUGUUGUUGUUGGAGGCUUGCUGUCAGUUCAUAACAUCAGACCCUUUUAUGGCACCCAUGAGAUGACAUUAACAGACACUGAUCGGACCAAUUCAAUCUGCUGGAUCAAAGAGAACAUCAUCCUGUACGGCGUGACCCUUUCCUACUUCAGUAUCGUAUUCCUGUUCAACUUAGGAAUCCUGAUCACAGUGUCUAGACAGAUCUUAAAGCUACAUCGUACAAGUAGAAAGUAUGAAAAGAUGCCAGUCUGGAAGGAUGCCGGCACAGUGCUGGGGCUCAUGUGUCUGCUGGGUACGACAUGGGGUUUGGCCUUCUUCACCUCUGGACAUACCAUCUACCCUAUACUCUACCUAUUCUGCAUCUUCAACUCAAUGCAAGGAUUUUACAUCUUUGUGUGGAUGUGUGCAACAACGAUGAAAAACGGAAGGCAGUCACUUCAAUCCAAGACUAAAUCCACUGUGGACGUCUCCAGAUAAGGACUACUCAUGUUGUUUUCUUACUGAAACCUCUUUUAUGUGACAUUUUACAAGACAUUAUCCAGCUACAUCCACAGAAAAGCACCAUCCCCUGUGACCCCCUUUUUCUUUUGCAAGAGUGCUGACUUCCUUUGCUCCAAUUCAGCACAUAAACAUCAAAUAAAAUGAAGCUUCCUUUUUCUAACUCAAAUUAAGACUUUAAAAUAUGAUUUGUCUCAUCUUAUCUUAGACCUGCUUAUUUAUUGUGAGAAAAAAAAAAUUAUAAAUAAAUGCUGUGAUUUGUGAAUAAAAA